AGCGUUCAGACCAUGGACGGGCCGCGGUGGGCGAAGCUCCUUUUAGAGCCAAAGCAUGGCGCUCACACUGAGGCAGAGCCUUGUGCUCUAUGGGCUCUUCAUGGUACUGGCGGUGGCAGGUGUAGUGUACUUCGUGCAGACAGCACCACCCUUGCCUGAGGCACAAUGUUCGGAGAUUGUGACACCCAUGGACGUGGUCCGCGGGAAGCUGGUCAAGGACCCACAGCGGUCCAUCCUGAACCUGUGGAACUGCUUGCGGGAGUACAAGAAGGACAACUGGUGGCACACCACCGCCGGCAUUUGGGGGAUUUACGUGAUCUUCAAGAUCUUCGGGCCCUUCGGCGCUGGCACUUCGAUGGUCCUCUCUGUCCUGAUUGGUGCGCUCUACGAUGAGUGGGCAGAGCCAAACACGCGCUACAGCUUUUUGGCUCAUUUGCUGGGCGUUAGUGGUGAGGUCUGCGGGGGUGCAGGUGGUUGGAUCAUGAGCUACUGCAUUGGCCGGGAGAUUCUGCUGCAUUUUGCUGCUGAGAAGAUGGCCACACUGCAGAAGGAGAUGAACAAAUUCCAAGGCUCGAUGUUUCGAUACAUGCUCUUCCUGCGCGUGUCGCCUCUAUUCCCCAACUGGUUCGUCAACUACAGCACGGCCAUGAUCGGCAUGCCCUUUUCCUACUUCUUCGUGGCUUCCACUCUGGCGAUCCAGCCUGCUGCUUGCAUGUCCAUUGCCAUGGGCAGCAUGCUGCGGGAUGUCGGGGAGAGCGGCCUGGACCUGGUGAAGAUGACCAAGCGCGGCGGCAUGAUGGCAGCCACCAUGGCGUUGCUCUCGCUGCCGCUGAUCCCGGCGGACGACUGGGCCAAGGGCUUGGCGCGUGCCAAGCGCUUUGCCGGCUUCGUUGACAAGGCGACCAAGACGGAGUGACCAUGUCCUGUGGCUUGGAGAUGGAUAGCGCAUGAUAGCGCCGCGGAAUUCGCUAGCUGUCACCAGUCUUGUGGGGCCGCGGCACGGCACGCUCCAAGUAUCCAAGCGCACUGGUCUUGGGAAAGGAGCGACAGGUGAAGGGUAAGCCUCGCGGUAGGUUCUCAGGAAAAGUCUUCCUUGGGUCCCAGGCCACGUGCCAGAGCACGGGCUUUGGGCGAAGAGAUGCCACAUGCGCGCAAAGCGCCGGGCCUGACCGAGAGAACUUGGGAGCGGAGAAAGGCGGUGGGAAAGCCGAAGCCAAAGUGAGAAACCUUCGUCAGCACGAAGAAGA